GACGUUUAUCUUUUCUUACGAACGUGCUUUCGUUGGAACACAUGGUGUUUUGGGCAAAUUUCCGAGUUAAUCUUCAGAUUAUAAAAUAAUUAGCACACUAUGGCGGAGGUUUUCCAUCGGCCGGGUCCGUUGAAACAAACCAAUAAAGCCCAUAAAACCGGGCGACAUCGGUCGAAAGGAGCUAUUGAAAGUGCAUUAAAGGGACGUGUUUCGCUUAAAGCGGUGUCACACAAGCACAAACAGGAACAACGCAGAGAGCAGCGUCGCAACCAAAUGAACCAAAUUCGAAAAAAGAAGCGUGAAGAAGCGAGAUUGGAAAAACAACAGUUGGGAACUCAAACCUCUCCGCCGUUUUUGGUUUGUAUAUUGCCAAUGCAUCAACAAAUCGAUGCAAGAUCUGCAUUAGCUAUACUAGAAAGUUGUGAUGAGGAAGCUGUGGUCCAACGCACAGAAACGGGUGUUACGUAUAUAAAUCUACCACGCUUUAAGCAGCGCUUUUCCUUCUUAAUUCCCCCCAUUGGACGAGGCAAUGAAGUGGAGGUAUUAGAUUACUUAAAAGUUUGUGAUACCACUCUACUUUUAACUUCUGCGGCCAUGGGAGAGAACGAUGUAUUCGAUCGUUGGGGACACCGUAUUUUUAACAUGAUAUCUGCUCAAGGUCUACCUACUCCUAUUGUGGCACUAAUGGAUUUAGAGUCGAUCAACCCCAAAAAACGGAGCGAAGUGAAAGCCUCUGUGCAAAAAUUUAUAUCCAAACUACUACCAAAAGAAAAAGUAAUGCAGCUAGAUACCAAUGCUGAAGGUCUGAACGUUAUGCGUCGCAUUGGUGGACAAAAAAAAAUUGUAAUUCCAAAUAAAGCGAACCGGCCGCAUUUAUGUAGCGAUAAAGUUGAAUAUGAAUCUGAUCCGAACCAAUUAGAUGACAAAAUUACUUUAAAAGUAACAGGCUUCUUACGCGGUGCACCUCUUAGUGAAAACUCACUUGUUCACAUUCCUGGUUUGGGAGAUUUUCAGAUGCAACAAAUUAAAACUGCAUUUGAUGACUACAAGUUAGAUAAACGGCCCGAGUCGCAGCUAGUUCCUGUUAUUCGGGUAUCGGACCACGAAAAUCAAACAUCUUUACAAUGCGAAAAUGUACCAGACGCUAUGGAUGCAGAACAAACGUGGCCAACUGAGGACGAAAUCAAAGCAGCACAACAAGAAACCAAAAAAACGAAAUUGAUUAAACGUGUACCCAAAGGGUGGAGUUCGUACCAGGCCGCAUGGAUACCUGACAUCGAAGCAGUAGAAGCCACAGAAGAUGCAAGUGAAGAAGACAUGAACGAAUCUGAUGACGAAGAAAAUGCAGGGGACGAUGAAUUUAUGUCGUGUGAAAAUCAGUCCUUUGAUGAAGAAGUGCAAAAACCCGAUUCUGAUACAGAGGAGUACGUAGAAACUGCUUCAGUAUCUGACGCUGCGAUAAACGACGAAAAAUAUGAUCUCCAAAUGGACUUCCACGAAGAGCGGGAAACAAUGAAAAAAAUUAAAGAUGCUCGCGUUGAUGAGCUAUGGCCUGAUGAAAUUGAUACACCUCUAGAUGUCGAAGCGAGGGACAGGUUUCAAAAAUAUCGUGGGCUAGAAUCGUUUAGAACAUCGCCAUGGGAUCCAAAAGAAAAUCUGCCUUAUGACUAUGCUCGCAUCUAUCAGUUUCAGAACUUUGAUCGGACAAAACGGCGAAUCGUUUCGGAGGCCAAAGACGUUGAUGGAUUUAAGCACGGCGCUUACGUAACAAUAUACAUCAUAAAUGUACCAGGCGAAAAGUGGCGAGCUUAUAUAUCGGCUCGUAAGUGCAAUAUCUUGGUGAUAUAUGGGCUACUCCCUCAUGAACAUCAAAUGUCUGUGGUGAACGUUGUACUCAAACGGUUACCCGACUCAGAGGCCCCAAUAAAAUCGAAAGAGACCUUAAUCAUACAGUGUGGUUACCGCCGUUUUAUUGUUAAUCCCAUCUUCAGUCAACACACCAAUGGCGAUAAGCACAAAUACGAACGCUACUUUCGGCCACAUACAACUGUAUGUGCUACAUUUUUUGCGCCAAUACAGUUCCCUCCUGCACCUGUGUUAGCAUUUAAAUUAAAUCCUGAUUCAACUUUAGCGUUGGUUGCACGCGGUUGUCUGUUAUCUUGUAAUCCUGAUCGUGUUGUGCUUAAGCGCAUCGUUUUGAGCGGACAUCCAAUGCGUAUCAACCGCAAAUCGGCCACUGUACGUUAUAUGUUCUUCAAUAAGGAAGAUGUGGAUUACUUUAAGCCGGUUAAGCUACGCACAAAAUGUGGACGCUUGGGGCAUAUAAAGGAAUCCCUAGGAACACACGGACAUAUGAAAUGCGUAUUUGACGGGCAGCUUCGAUCGUAUGACACAGUUUUUAUGUAUCUCUACAAACGAGUUUAUCCUAAAUGGACCUAUGAGGAAUGCUUAAUACGCUGUGAAAAGGACGGGGAAAACCCUGAGGAUGUAACAAUGGAAUAAUUCAAAUUGUAAAUAAUUUCAGAAGUAAAUAUUAAUUUAAAUGAGCUCAUAUGUAUUUACUU